AUGGUGCUACCAGCGUUUCCUGCCAAGAGCAUCAAUCGCGUCGACAAGGUGUUGGGGCCUCAUCCAGACCUGGGUGAGGAACUGGCACUGGACAGAUUGAACGAUCUUUGCUCCCAGAUACAGAAUGUCUACGCUCCGGGGGCGACUGUGCUGAUUGCGACCGACGGCGCAUGUUACAACGAUCUUACCGGCGUCACAGACGAUGACCUCUGGGACUACGGCGUCACUUUACGUGAGAUGGUCGCAAGCAAGGGAUACCGAUGCAUAGAGUUCGUGCGCAUCAUGAAUCUUUUAGGAUUGCAUAAUGAUUCUACGAUUACGAAAGAAAGAUUCAUCACUCUGCUCGAGCCACCACGACAGGAAUUGAUGAGGAGAUAUGUUGAUCCUGACUUUGACGCGAAUCUGUUCAUCAAGACGGACCCCGACUACAAAAUGACUUUCGAUGGCUACGCCAAGUUUUUGAAGAAGGGUCUGGCCUACGGCCCGAUCAGAAACUCUGCCAUUAGUGGGAAGAAGUACAAAGCAAAGGUCCACGAAACUGCCAAGGCGAUGAUUGCACGAGGUGUGGCGUUUGCGGAGCUUAUUCGGGAGAAGCUACCUGAGCACUCGGACACGUUCUCCAUGACGCCCUGGCAUUGCGCAGUAGCUGUUGAAGUUGAAGUAAAUUUCAGAACUGGACACCUUCCCACGUGGAGAGAUACUCACGAACUUGUGUAUCGAAACGGGCUACCGUACUUUUUCAGAGAGAGGUCGACGCUGUACUCUUGGGACGCAAAGGUGGACUUUGAGCAUGUGUAUGGCGGCGGAAUUGUCAUACAUAACGUGGGAGGCGCAGAGCAGACCAAGGCAUCUCUGUCAGUCUCAGAUCAAAAGAAGGCUGCUUCGCUCGCGGUACUCCAAGGAAGGAUUCUAUUUCGUGGCUUUGUAUAG